AAAUGGUUAGAAUUUCGCGAUACGUUUAAUUCAUUAGUAAAUGAAAAUGACCAAAUUCCGGAGAUUAAUAAGUUUCACUAUUUACGUUCCUCGCUAAGAGAUGGCGCUAUUGUCGUCAUAAACUCAAUUGCUUUUACGGCUGCAAAUAAUAAAUUAGCAUGGGGGAUGCUUUGUAAUAGGUACGAUAAUACUAGGCUGUUAGUGAACAAUCACUUGAAAUCAUUAUUUUCCUUUCAACCUCUUACUAAGGAAUCUCACCAAUCAUUGCGUUAUAUGAUUGAUUAUUUUACCAAAAAUUUACGAUCACUUAAUGUUUUAAAUGAACCGACCGAUUCUUGGGAUACAUUAAUUAUUUUUAUGAUGACGACCAAACUAGAUGGCGUCACUAGUUGUAAAUGGGAGGAAUAUAGAAGUUCUUUACCGGACUCUCCCUGCCUGGACGAUUUUUAUAUAUUUCUUCGUAAUCGAGCUGAUAUUUUAGAAACACUACAAUUUAACAAAUCUGAUAAUUUUAAAUACGAAAAAGGUUCUCAUAGAUAUGAUCCAAAAGUAACAAGAUCCUUUGUAAUAACCAAUAAACGCACAAAUAAUAAAUCUUGUGUUGUUUGCAAAGGGAAUCAUUUAUUACAUAAUUGCGAUCAGUUUAGAAACAUGAGAGUGGAAACUCGGUUGAGUGAAGUUGCCAGACUUAAUCUUUGCGCCAACUGUCUGCAACCGGGCCAUCGUCCCUCUCGAUGUUUUCGUCAAUGCUGUCGUCUAUGUAACAUAAAACACAAUACGUUGUUGCAUAUGGAAGAGGUAGGUAAUACUAAAUUAAUUAAAGAUAAUGUUCUAUCUCAUUCUCCAGGCAAAGACAAUGAACUACCUCACUCACCCGGCAGCGUUCACGGCGACGAUAAUAAUACCGAAGUUUCGUUGUCCGCCGUGAUGCCCGGCCCAGUGUUAUUAUGUACUGCGCAAGUCGACGUUUUAGACCCAAUCUCGAAUAAAUAUUUUUCUGUUAAGGCGCUUUUAGAUAAUGGCAGCCAGUCGUCGUUUAUUUCACAAAAUCUGCAAAGGAAAAUAAAUUUAUCCAUCUCUGAAACCAACUAUCCGAUUAAAAUAUCUGGCAUUUAUAAUAAUAUAAGUACUAUUUCUCAGCAAUGUACAUUACAAAUUAAAUCUCGUAUUAAUAAUUUCCAUGUAAACGUACCUUGUCAUAUUAUACCGCAAAUAACUACAAGACUACCAUGUGUAGAAAUAGAUAACUUACCAGCGAACAUCGAGCUAGCUGACCCGAGCUUCUUUAGUCCCUCCGACAUCGAUGUGCUACUGGGAGCGGACGUGUUUUGGGAGAUCGUACGCGAUCAACAAAUAAGACUCGGGCGAAACAAGCCCAACAAGUCUUUACCAUCUCCAAUAACAACCAAGAUGUCUAUUAAUCGGUACCAGCAGCUGGAGCGCUUGAGACAACAUUUCUGGUCAAGGUGGUCCAGAGAAUUCUUAUCCGAGCUUCAGCAGAGGGUCAAAUGGAAACAAUACAGUAGAACAGAUAUAAAGAUUGGCGACAUGGUGAUGGUGAAGGACGAGCAACCACCGAUGAAGUGGAUACUGGGACGUAUUCACGCACUGCACAAUGGACCAGACGGAAUAUGCCGAGUCGGUGAUGUAACAACAUCCAAGGGCGUCAUCAAGAGAGCCCUGAACAGGAUCUGCUAUCUGCCUACAAAGGAUUCCUAUUAG